AUGGGGCAGAAGCAGGUCGGGUCAGUGACCUCAGCGGAGAGGGGGACCCUGGUCACAGUUGCCCUGGCAGGCAAUGCUCAGGGCGACCUUGUUCCGCCAUUUUUCAUCUUCCCCCGUAAGCGGUUCAAAGACCACUUCCUGAGGGGUGGACCCGUUGGCUGUGCUGGCAGCGGCAACCCAACUGGCUGGAUGAAGGAGCCAGACUUCCUCCUGUACCUGGCCCACUUCACCAGUCACACCCGUGUGUCCAAGGAGUCGAAGCUGCUCCUCCUGCUGGACAAUCACACGUCCCACCUGUCAAUUGCAGCAAUUGAUUACUGCAGAGCCAAUGGCAUAGUGCUGCUGUCAUUCCCUCCCCACUGCACCCACAGGUUGCAGCCAAUGGACAUUAGUGUCUUCGGCCCCCUUAAGGGAAAAAGGUGUCUGAGGGAGACCUGUGGACGAGCAGAAUCCUACAUCAGUUUAACCAUCCACUACAUCCCCCCAGAUUGGAAGCUGAUGUCCCACUGCUUGAAAACAAUGUAUUUCCUGGAAGACCACACCCACGCCCACAUUUUAGAAAUGAUUGACACCUUACCAAAGGCUGCAACAGUGAACAACAUCACCUCCGGGUUCUCAAGUCCAGGGAUCUGGCCUUUUAACCCCUCUGCAUUUGAGGAAAAGGACUUCGCCGGAGCCUAUUUGACAGACCGUCCUCCUCCCCAGGCUUCGGGUGACGAGGUCAGCGCUUCUCCAGGUGCCACUUCAGGCAUGGAUGUACCUGAUCGAGCUGCCGGGCCUGACGAAGCUGUCCGGCCUGAGGGAGAGGCCGUUGAAUUCAGCCCGGACAUCGUCCGGCCUUACCCUAAGGCCGGACCUAGAAAGAUCACAAAGAGAAGAGGGAGAAAGAGGACAACUGCUAUACUUACGGACACCCCGGUGAGGGCUGCUUUAGAGGCGGAAAAACAGGGAACUGUGAAGCAGCGUCGUCCCGCCAAGCAGCCUCCCUCCUCUCGGGCUCCCAAGAAGAGGCUCUUCUCGCCCGCUCCUGAAGCCGCCCCCCUUGCUGGAGUCACCCCUGGUGCCACCUCAGCUGCUCCUCCCACCAUCACCUGGCCCGCUGAUGGAGUCAGCCCCACCUUAGGCCUAGUUUGUCCUGUUCCGGAGGCAGCAGAGUUCACCACCAUUGCUGCCUCUACAUCUCCAAUUUAUUUAGGCCUAUCCAGCGAGGACGUCAGCUGCCUCGUGUGCUGCGAGCUCUUCAGCGCCUCGAUGUCUGGGGAAGAGUGGGUCCAGUGUGUAUUUUGCUAUAAGUGGUCGCAUGAGGCUUGCACCGACGGGAGUGCACACUACCUGUGUCACCUGUGUGACAAAGAAUAAAAAUAUUCAGCCUACUAUACUGUCCAUGUGUCUUCACUAGUUUGCAGUGGAAAUACUGUAAAUGUAGGCCUACAGCACAAUUCACUUAACAUUAUAGACUGAUUAACUAACUAACUAUGAGGCCUGGGUUAGGCUAUGAGUGGGAGCUUGGCUAUUAAAUAUUUUGCAGGGUAGGCCUACUUUUCGUCCAUCAUGGUAACGCAUCAAAAAUAACAAUGGCUACAUUAAAUUAUGACAAUAAUAAUUUAAUUUAGUGGACAUGCACACUUAAGAACUGCUGGGUAUAAGCUAUAGGCUAGCCUUCUACACCCUUGCUCUUGGUCACGACACAUGGCUUGCCGAUUUAUCCUUUUCUCCAGCCAUUACCAUCCAUCAGCUAGAGUGUCAAAGUUCUGCUUAUUAUGAUUUCAACAUAAUGUUCAUGUAAAUGUGCAGACAAUUACACAAUAUUUAUCAGAAAAAAUAAGUUUAGCCACUUACCUGUCCACAGAGACUUCGGAUGCUUCUGUGCGCCG